CAUGUGAGGAAACUGAGACAGCCAGACCGCACAGAUGACUAGCGUGUGAAGUCGAGUGAGGUAGGAAGUAGGAACUAGCCUAGGACUGGUAGCAUGGCACCGGUGGGGACUGAGGGCUGCCUCGGCGGCUGGCAGGGCAGAUGCUGGUGAGUCACGUGGGUGGACUGUCUUGCUGUCAGUGACAUAUUUGACAAGACAAGUUCAAGAGUAAAUUGUGUUGCAACCUCCUGUCACGAGGAUACAAACAGCCAUGCCACCACCACCACCACCAGUCUUCAGGCAACCGCACGAACAGUAUGCUCCCAGGCAUGAGCAUAGUUGAAUGGCUUCAGUUGAGGACCCGGGAGUGAUGCCACCACCAUUGACAUAUGGCCCCUGGCAAGAUUCCUGGCCAGAGGAAUAUUCUUCUUUUGGCUUUGAGGGGGAGCCAAGACAGCCACAAAGGGUCCAUGUAUUUACCCCCUCCCCAACACAAUCUCAUGGCAGUCAUGGCUUUUACCCACAGACUAUGUCACAAGAAGUGCCAAUUGAACAGGCUGAGCGGUCACACACUGGUCAUCAGUGGGACUAUCAAUCAACCAUGAGAACUCCACCAUCCUCAUCACUUGGGCAACCUCCACCAUCCUCAUCACUUGGGCGAGCUCCACCAUCCUCAUCAUUUGGGCGAGCUCCACCAUUCUCAUCACUUGGGCAAGCUCCACCAUCCUCAUCACUUGGGCGAGCUCCACUAUCCUCAUCACUUGGGCAAGCUCCACCAUCCUCAUCACUUGGGCGAGCUCCACCAUCCUCAUCACUUGGGCAAGUUCCACCAUCCUCAUCACUUGGGCGAGCUCCACCAUCUGCAGAUGGAAAUAUAGCAGAAACUACUCAAGCACCAUCAGAUGCAGCUGAACCUGCCCCACCAGAACCAGCAGAUGCAGGGGGCCCUGCACCUCAAGCACCAGCAGAUGCAGGUGACCCUGCCCCACAAGCAACUAGAAGCCCUGCUGCUCAAGAGCCUGUGGAUGCAUUGUAUUCUCCCCUGGGUGAGGAAUACAUUGCACUCCAGAGGAGGCUCAUAACAAGCACCAAGAGCAUACAAAGAGGCCAAGAGAGGUUCUUCAGGAGCCAAGAGAGGUUACACAAACGUAGCAUAGAGCUGCAGAGGGACAUGGCAGCAUCAUUAAGUGCAAGUGUUCAAAACCAGUCACAGAUGAUGUGAAUUCUGUCUGAUAUGCAGAUGGACAAUAGAUGGAGAGAACAAAAUCAACUCUUGGGUGUGUUGGUUGAGCAAUUUACACACCAGCAGGACACUACCUCCAGCCUAUCAUCUGUUGCCAGCACACCAGCAGAAACACCAGAAUCUGCUAGAACAAAGAGAACAAGGCAAUCCACUACAGGCACCUCAGCUCCCUCAUCCAAAAAGCCCAAGAAAAAUAAAUAAUUUUAUAGUUCACCAUAAA